AUGGAGGAGGAUUUUUAUACAAGGAUACAAGCUGAAGGAGAACCUGGUGAAUCUUACAUCCACGCAAAGAUUCAAUUGUGGAGGCGCCUUCAAUUGAAUCAGCAAGAGGUCACGAAUCCAGAUAUCAGUGCGAUCCGUAUUGGGCUGCGACCCCAUAAUGAGUUCUUUUUGAACUUAAAGAAACCCAAAAACAUUGAAGAACUGCGAGAAACUGUGCGUUUGGCCGACAAGUGCCGUGCCAAUCCCUCCGUUAUACCAAGCAUCGUGCAACCCAUGACCAAUGUUGCAAAUCCAUCCCAUCAAGAAGAGCCUCGUGUUCAAAUCGUGCAUAAUACUCAACGCCAAGAGAGAAAAUCGUUGGAAGCAAGAAUGGAUUCCCUCAUGCAACAAAUGGAGAGCUUGGUGGUCAUGCAACAGAAGGUCCUAGAGACGGUUGCUGAUAGACCAAGGUCAUCAUCCCGUGCAAGUGGUGGUGGAUUCAAGCCCGUAUGUUUCAAUUGUCAUAAGCAGGGUCACUAUAUGGAUCAAUGUCGUAGCGAAUGUGGAGGUUGUGGUGCGUCUGGUCAUGUGAUCUCACAUUGCAGCUCAAGCAAGGGUCAAUCAAGCAACGUGUAUAACCCAGCUACCCAACGUAAUCUUGUCUCAGAAGCCAUCAAAAGGAACGGUGAUACAGGACCAGAGAAGCAGGAUUUUCUGAAGGGCGGCCAUUGA